AUGGCAUGGCAUAAAAAGUUACCAAAACAUCGUCUUCAACCCUAUACGAGUAUGCGUAAGUCGGUAGCAUUUUUUAAUUUCGGUGUUUUUUUUACGAAAAAAAAAUCUUAUAAAUCGAAUGAAAGAGAUGAAGAAGAAAGAGAUGAAAAAGACAAAAAAAAAGAAGAAAAUCAUCUUGGCAAAGCAAAUGAUCUUUUGGUGCUGCUUUUAUCAGACGAUGUAGAAGACGAUGCCUUAAAGAAGCAACAAACGACGACAUGA